GUGAAGAUUUCGAUCUUACGGCCGUGGCGUUGCUCUAUAAUUUACUCCGAUUUUCAUGAAAUGAAACAAAAAUGACUCUUCUUACCUCAAUAUUACAGCGUCAGCUUGUUCCUAGUCCUGUGCGUAGAGGUGAGUGCUGAAAUGUAGAGUAAACAAACACCUUUUAAUCUUAUGUGUAGCUUUAUACACAAGCUUGACUCGUCCACAACUUCGCGAAUUUGUAAACUUUUGUAGUUCUUUCACGACUUCUUUCAGCUUUGCCCGUCGAUUUUGCAUUGGAGGCUUUCACUUGUAUUAAAGACGAUGAACAUCUCGUCGAAAGAAGAGAGGUAAGCUCAUACAAAUCUACGUGGCGUUCGAGAAAUCCCUCAAAAUACAGCAAUAAUAUAGCUCAUUGCUGGCAUGUGAUCGAGCUACAAAUGUAAGCUUAUGAGCUUACACUUGUACUUAGAGAACUACCAUCUCUCUUUCAGAUCGAUGUUCCACCGUUUGCUUGUCGCUUCAACAAGAGUAAGGCACCAUUAUUUUCCAAGAACUUGCCCUUGCUUUGCUUUAUUUCUGUAGACUAUAAAAAUGCUUAGUUCAUUUGUUUAAUUCAUUCAAGCCGCUCUAGGUGGUCAUAUGUUAGCCAUAGCGGAUGAAGACGGCUGGGUUCAAAUUCUGGAUUCCCGGAAAACAGGAAAAAGAUCGAUUAUUAAGGGUAAGAGACGCUAAAAUAUAGGUUUUGGUAUUAAUACUUAUGUGCUUUGUUAAAUUCCAAACAGACUUUUUCCAAACUUUUUGAAUUUAUACCCUCACACUUGGGUUCUUCUAGAUUUCUGUAACUUAUUACUACUAUCCGCCUUGAGAUUUCAUCAAACAUACGCUAUAAUACUUCCUGCGAUGAAAACUCCUUUGGGUUUAUUAAACAAUCUUCUUUCAGACGUAUGAACAGGUCCACAAAUAUAGGUGUAUAGUUUAAAAAUUAUAAUCUUGUUUUUUUUUUUUAAUUCAUGGGCCAGGAAAUCGACCAGUCUAAAGAAAGGAAUUGACCAUUGCUAGAAUAGGACUGAUGAAACUAUCUAGACUAUCUAGAUAGUUUUUGACCAAUAGAGAGGGUAUGGGAUUCAGUAUGCACAAGUGGGUUGCUUUUGUUCCAAUAUUUUUGCGCAGGGCUGGCCAUACCAUGUUUCUUAUAAAAACUAUUAGCCUGCUUUUCCUCCAAUGUACAUGUACAGUGUUGACAGUUUGAGCAACAUACUCAAAUCCUGGUACACAUGUGAGGGCCCGGAACAAGGAUUUUGGCACUAUUUUGCCGAUGGACUUAACCAGAGGUUUAGUUUCCUCUGUGGCCGGAAUGGACUUUGAGUCAAUAGCCCAUAAGGCCGAAGGCCGAAUAGGCUAUUGACUCAGAGGCCACGAGGGUGAGAGGAAUAAUUGCUUUAGAAAAAUCCAACUAGUUGGUCAAAAAUAUCGAGACAAAACAACUUAGAGCAAGACUUUAAUCCUUUUUGCUGCCAAAAAUCCGGUGCUUUUCGCUACUAGUGGGCUAUAACACAUAGCCUAGUAGUAGCUCAACCAAUCAGAAUGCAGCAUUGAUAAUAGACAACUAGUUGCAUUUUACUAAAGAUACAUGUCAGUCGUGUAUCUGCCAUUUCAACUAAUUGUGGGCCACUGUCAUAAAAUAAUUAGACACGAUCCAUUCAAUCCCUUUAAUCCUAUGCCAAACCUUUUGUUAUUCAGUAAGUUAAGGGGUUGAUCUGAUCCCAUCUUAUCCAGGAUUUGUUCAUGCCUUAACUUGUGAUUUCAGUUGCAAACAUGGCAGUAAUGGAUGUUUUAUUUAUUUGUUUAUUUUUUCAUGUUUCUGCAUAGAGUGGAAUGCCCAUGAGAAUGCAGUGUUUGAUAUUGCAUGGAUGGAGGGAGAACAAAUGUUGGUAAGAUAGAUAAAAACAGACUAUCACCAAAAUAGUGUGGCCCUUUUAAUGGGACAUUUCUACAUCCAAGUCCUUAACUCCAAUGUGUUUACAUAUAUACCAGUCUUUGAUUUUAAUUUUUAUUGGUUAUCCGUAUGUAGUGAGCUUGCUAGCAUUGAUGCAAAUGUUCUGAGAGGCAAAUUUGCUUCAACCAAUCAGGAAGAACUACCCAGAUCUGGGUAGUGACAUGUCAUCAGUAAGGAAUUUCUGCACUUGUUCCUCAGACAUCAUUUAUGGGGAAGCUAGUGGUAACAUUGCCAAAUUUUGGCUGUUUUCUGAGGCUACUAGAGCUGCAGUGUUCCUGACAUCCCAGCAGGAUGUGAUAUCUCACCAGCAAAUGUGCCUGGGUUGCAGCCGCUGUGAUAACAGUUGAGGGUGAUUCCUUUAAAUUACACCAACAGUAUUAUCUGUUCUAUAGGUGACAGCAUCUGGGGACCAGACUAUUAGAAUGUGGGAUGUUAAUCGUGAUCAGUGCUUAGCUGUGUUCAAAGGCCAUAGCUGCAGUGUGAAAUCUGUGGACUUCAGAGAAGAUGAAAUAUGUGAGUACCAUGGAUUGAUGUCAGUGUUUUUUCUAUGUUGGUGGUUAACAAAUUCAUUAUUCAAAAAGAUUUUUAUUCAGGAGCUUGAGAUUUUUAAUUAAUAAUAAUAAUUUCAAAAGUAGGUUGAGUUUGAUUGUCCGGGUGAACGUAGUCCUGAAUAGGACUGUUGUUGUUGUGUCAUAGUCCCCUGAAUAGGACUGUUGUUAUUAUAUAAGAUUGUACAUUACGAAUCAGUGACUGACGUUUAAUUUCGACAACCUGUGUUGGAGUUGUAUUGUCAUUCUUCAUCUCAGUUUCGUUUCAAAACUCCUUGAGUUGUAGGUUGAGUUUGAUUGUCAGUUGAAUGGACUAUUAUACAGUGACUGACGUUUUAACCUUGAUCUGAUUGGUCAAUGGUAUUAUACUCUGGUUAUUGAUCUGAUUGGUCAAUUACGUCACAAUGUUAUUCGUCUGUCAGUUAAGCCAUGAUGUUAUUGGCUAUGAAGACUCGUAAUCACCAAUUUUAUUACUGAUUACAAAAUGGAAAAUUGAAUGUCUGAGUUCAUCAUACCAUCUGUAUUUUGAAGCCUUGCUAAAUAAACACAGUGACAAUUUCCACACUAUUGGAUAACUGGAAUAAGUUGGAUAAUUAUUAAAAUCAUAGCAUUUUAGAACUUUGAAUAUACAUGUACUUUUGUUAUUAGCACAACUACACAGCCAGGAUAUGCAGCACUAUGUGAAUGUUCAGAUUGUUUUGAAUACCGCAAAAUUCCUACUUAAAUCAAGCCACACACACACACACACAAAUGUACUUGCCAAAUUUUCCUACCUAUAAAACUCCUAGAAUGGAAAAUUUCAAACCCCCAAAAUUCUUCUUAUUAAUUCUGGUCACUUAAAAUCCAGAGUACCUCCCUGGGUGUGUGGUUUGUAAAAGUGGAGGAUUUAGUCAGCCUGGGAUUUGGAAAUCUUGUUCUCAAUCUCCACAGAAAUACCUGCAUGUUCAUCGGAUAGCUGGACAGCAAUAUCCUUAUUAAUCUUCUUACUGGCUUUUGCUGUUCUUGUCAGUUGUCUUUGCUAGUGGUGCAAGAGAUGGGAAUGUGAUGGUAUGGGACAUGAGAUGUAAUCGUCGCUCUGGUCAUUUUUACCAACCCAUCAAUGUUAUAUCUAAUGCACAUUUUGAAAGACUACCUGGUACCCGUCAGAUGUCAAAAAAGAAAUCUAGGAGAUCUACUUCAAGACCUGUCAUGGUUUGUAAAUAAAUAAUUUUAUGUAUCCUUACUAAUUUUAGUCAUGCCUCAUGAUCCAAGUCUUGUCUUAAGUUGAGUCACACUACUCGUUAGAGAUGUUCUCAAAGGGUGCAUGAACAAGAAAUAUGGUAAUUUCUGCAUGAUUUUAGUUAUGUUGACUUUGCCAACCUAUGUGAAAGACUAUCCAAAUGAGUAGAAUUAGGUCAUGUAAUAUGCAAUAAAAGGAGGGGGUAGGGGUUGGGCGAUAAGAUAAAGAGGCACUUGGAGUUUUCUAAUUCCUAAAGGCAGGAGAAUAAUGGUACUAAUCAGUAACAUAAAAACAACAGUUGCAUGGAAAACUGCAUGGUAAGGUACCAUACUUAAAUUGCAGUGUCAACUUGCACAUUCGUUGCUUGCAGAACUCUAGCCAACAAAGUGUCACAGCAGUGUUAUUUCAAGGAGGCGAGAAGCUGAUAUCAGCUGGAGCGGUGGAUGGUAAAAUUAAAAUCUGGGACUUGCGCAAAACCUAUACAAACCUUAAAAAUGACCCUGUGCCUUUUCACAUCUUUCCAUACCCAGGGCAAGGAGUAAGAAAACAUGGUAGGUAAUAAUAAUUUGACUGAAAUGAUAGGUAAACUCUUUAAACUUUGGCUCAAAUAGUCAAGCCUUUUUUGGGGGAUCUUGCAGCUAUCGGAAGACCUCACAAGAUUGGUUUGCAACCCGUUGGGAAAACAGUAAACAAACAAAGUUGACAAUGGAACCUAGCCUGAAAACAAAAGAGCUGCAACCCAUAGAUGUCCAAUUAAGUUAGAGGUUCUGAAGACCUGCAAGGCUACUGCUUUUUUUCACAACUGAUAUUCAGUUGCAUAGUCAAUUGCAUAGAUUAGUUUAGUGUAGUACUGUAAAGAAUGCAACCAAACAAGCACACAGAGGUGCCUUUUUUGUCAAGGUUUUGUAAAGUGGACACGACUUGUCUGUUUUCCAAUUUUAUCUGUGACUUUCACUUUCAAAUCACUGUAGAAUGGAACAGGUGAUAAUAAUGUCCUUAGUUUUCUGGCCAGCUGAUCAUUGCUCUUCAUUGCAGGUUUUUCAUCUCUCGUUCUGGACUCCACCCACUCACGUUUGUUUGCUGGAUGCACUAAUGACCAAAUCUACAUGUACAGUUGUACAUCACUGGGGCAGGAACCACUUGGCACCUUCUCUGGUCACCUGAACUCCACAUUCUAUGUAAAAUCAGCUCUUAGCCCCAAUGACAUGUACCUUCUUAGUGGAUCCAGUGAUAAUAAUGCUUAUAUCUGGAAGGUGUCCGACCCUACAGCCCCACCCAUUGUUCUCAAGGGACACCUUGGUGAAGUCACAAGUGUUGCCUGGUGUCCCUCUGAUCAGGGAAAGGUAUGUCUGAUUCCCAAAAGCAAGGCUGUCACUAAGAUUUCAAGUUGCCGGGGAAAUGCAACAAGUAGCCAGGGAAUCAAACGGCCAGGGAUUUCUUCUACUUUGCUAUGAAAGUAGCCCGGAGCCACAUUCUCAGUAGCCAGGGGAAAUCCCCAGCCCAUGCCUCUUAAUGACAGCUCUGCCCUGGUGCCUUAAUUUUGCUCUUGAGUGACUAGGAAAUCUUAGCUUUGUGAUAGAAAUCCCAUACUGGGAACCCUGGAUUACACAUGUUUAGAGCACCUGGCUCCCAUCAAUAUUUCUUGCAGCACAGCCUUGCACAAGGGUCACAAUUUAAGGACUUGCAAGAAGUGGAGGGAGAUAAAACUAAAUUUGCUACUUGUCAGUUAAUCAGUGGAAAAAGGGAGGCUUUAAGUGGCAAGACUAAAAUAGUGGAUACAACUGGUUCAAAUUUACAUACAUAGAAAAAGUUAAAACAAAAAAAAAACAUUAACACUUCUCUCUGUUGUUUUAGGUGGUGACUUGUUCUGAUGAUAACAGUUUCCGCAUAUGGUAAGUAGUUAAAAAAUCAUUCCAUCAUGCGUGAUCCAUUAACACGAUGGCUUGAGUCAUAAAAUUAAUUAUUCUUAGCCAGUCUCGCUUUUAUCUGGCCAUUAUUCAAAAUAAGCAAAUUAACUUUCCUUGCUCAGGUACACCUUUUUGGUUUCAUUGAUGCAUGCAAAGCAACUUUUUAAGUUAUCUCUUUUCUACUUGUUUUUUUUUCAGCUCUCAUUCUUAGUUGCUCUCUUUUGCUGGGUCUUGUUAUACAAAAUGCCAUUAUCAAUGCAACAUUAAAUUUGGCCUUAGAGUGGGUGUCUUUACUACUGUAGCAGCGUUUUAGCCUGAUGCAAAGUUCCAGCCAUGCUGUGCCUUGAGCUCAGUGACCAGUUCAGGGGCAAUUUACAGGGUGAAACAUUUUGACUUUGUACUAUAAUUAAUUUUAUUGUACCUUUAUUUUUCAAAGGAGAAUUAACCACCAAGCAUGCAAGAAUGACAGACUAAACCUGAUUGGUGAAAGCUGCAAAUUAGCAUUGCAAACAUCUGUCUCCCCUGUAAAUGGUGAGUUGAAAUUCAGCUUUUAAGUUUUAAAUAAACUAGAGGUAUAUUUGUGAAGAAAGAUGCUGCUGGCUUUGGAUUCAAUUUUCACACACAUGAAACAAUAAAAUAAAGAUCGUGUUAGAUAUGAAAAUUUAUGGCCACAUCCCAUGCUUAGUAAAAGUACACUAUUUCCACUUUAAAUAUAAGCAAAAUAAUUUAAUAAUUUAAUUUUUUCUUUUGCCGUUCAGUAGUCACAACUAUUCUCCCAUUCUACAGUAUUUUCAUGUCCCUAAACUAAUAUCUAUAUUUUUGUGUAGAUAAAAUAGGUGCAUCAAGAUUUCAAGACAGAACCCCAAGUUCUUCCCCCUCAACAAGCCCUGAUGCAAAACGUCUUUUGUGGACUCCACCAUCUAAACUUAUCACCAAUCCACGAUUAAACCAGAUUUCCAGUCCUGUUGGCAUGGCAACCAGACUCAACAGCCCCACUAACAGAACACCACCUCAAAAACAAAACCUUCUCACCCAGUCUCCAAAGGCCACCAUGAGUCCACCAAACUCGAAAACAGGUACCAAUACUUAAAUUAAUAUCACAUACAUGUAGAUCUAAGUCUGGCUGAUAAUGAUGAGAUGAAAACAGCAAGAUCAUCUCACUUAACAGGAGAGACAUUAUUUUACUUUUCUAGCUUGCAGUUGAAGGUGGGAUUCAUCACUGUCCGCCACAGGCUGAUACAUUUUCAGCCAGGAACCAAAGCCAUGAUUAUACAGAUUUGACUGCAACAGAAAGGGAGGAAGUUCUAAAUGUCGUGCUCAAAUUUUGGUGUUUAAACAUUUCUCUCUAAAGUAAAAGGAUAGCAAACAAAAAAUGGAUAAUCCUGAUAAGUUAUUUCAACAAGAUUCAUGCUGAAGAUGUUGUUUUUGAUCUGUAGAAUCCCACUUUGUUUAAUAAUAAAUUUUUAUUUUCCACAGGUUUAACAGCUCAUGCAAUGCAUGAUGCCAAAGUAGCCACUAGACCCUCAUUUGUCAGUUCAUCACUGUCCCAACCUCCAUCCCCUGAGUCUCUAUCAAGUCAAGUAUCUUCACCAAAAUCACCAGCUGUAAUAAAGUAUCAAAGUCCCAAACAGUUGCUGGCAUCCUGGUUAAGAACAAAUUCCAGGAAGAGGAGACACAGUGACAGUGUUGAUACAACAGAUGACACAAAUAACAGUGUUAAGUCUGAAUUAACUUUGUCUGACAAGAUAGAAGAAAAUUUGGGAGACAAGGAAAAAACAUUCGUAUCUCAUAAUCUACUGCAAGAACAUGGAAACAAAGAAAUCAGUGGACAAAAAUGCCUGGCAACAUCUCCUUUGAGGAAAAGACGGUGCUCUAGUGAUCCUUUAAAUUCUACAACACACAACAGUCGAGAAAUUAAGGUCAAACCAAAUUCAAGUCCAGGAAAAGAGAACCAUGUUGUUGAUCAAGGCUCCAUGGAGAGUUCAAAACAAGAGGAAAGAAGUGUUUCUUUAGGGAAAAAUUGUAACAAACCUGUUACUGUGAAAGUUAAAAAUCAGGUUUCUGUAGGUGAGAGACAGAAAAACUGGCUCACAGAGUGGAGUGACCACUGCAAAGCAAAGAAUAGAGGCAAAACUAUUGACCUGCAGGGAGGUGAAUAUAAAGACAGCAAUGAGACUAUCAAUUUUGCAAAUGAAGAAAAAAGAGACAAUUUACAGGCUACAACUGCACAGGUGAGCAAUGUUGCAUGCACCCUCUUUUUGCCCAUAAGCUACAGCAUUUUCGGAUCAAAGAAGGGUCAAUUACAAGUAAAAAAGGCGUGAUACUCAAAACUUGUGCUCCCUCCCACUACCACCAUCCCAAUUUAAGCUUGGUAUAGGGGUGAAAUAUUUUGUGGGAUCAAACUGUUAACUUUUCAGAAAUAUCCACCUCUCCACAACUAUUUUAGCCCUUUAAGUCCCAACAGUGUCCAACGUCAAUAAAUUAUUUUUCCCAACAAUAUCAAUACAUAAUUAUCAAGAAAAAAAGCUGUGGGAAUUAAAAUGAUUACCUCUGGGAACAUGCUAUGAUCUUUUAUUUAAAUUCUCUAAACUUACUCUUUAAGGAAGUAUAUGGAGGCAACUCUGGAGAAUUUGUCUGUGGAUAUUGGGGCUUGAAGGGUUAAUGAGCCCCAGUCUCCUUGUAUCAGACAGUGAAAGACCUCAUUGAAAUUAUUUUCUAUAGUGCUAAACCCCUUUACUCUGACUGAUUUUUUCAUUUACCAUUAUUUUUAUCUUAGGUGGCAGAGGUUCCCAAGCCAGGAAGAAGUAUUUUGACUUACUUUAAACAUGACGUUGCCUCUUGA